AUGCAAGCACGUAGCGCACCGGUUCCACCGAUCAAGGGUAUACCCAUUCUCUUGUUCGCAGGCGAGACAGUGAGCGAAGAAGACGAUGCCUUCGCUCACUGGGUGCACCAUGUGCGUCGCCUGAGCAACGUUUUUGCUCUAAGGGCUAGUGCCCAUGCGGCUGAUGUGCGUCUCGAACGCAAGCUUCGGUAUGAUUAUGCCAAGCUUAAGACCAGAGGCCAAAUGCGCAAGCGCACGCGCUAUGCUUCGGCUACUAAGGUAGCCGCGAGUGCUGGUCAGUCUGUGGCCAACAACCCGACCACCCACACCACUAGUGGUGGGGAGCGUCCUCGGUCUCGAGAUGACCAAGGCCACGAUUCUCAAAAGCAUCCAAAGCAUAAGGGCAGUCUUGCCGAAGGGUUUCAGUUGUCUCUCAACUUGAAGUUGACGACACCCACUCAUCGAGCAAAGUCGGUGGCGGCCGGUGUACCGGUGGAGGCCCACGAGAAAUUGUUAUUCGAAGUGAAGGGUCUUCAAGAGACCUUGGGUAAGACCCAGUGCAUGCUGGAUGCGAUGCAAAGCUGCAUUCAGGCGAUGGAGCAAGCUCAAACUCGGAGCGAGGCUCAGUUGGACUUGCUGAUUCGUCUACAGCAAUCCGUGGCAAUGCCCUUGACGUCGGAGCAAGCGCCUCCAAUUUCACAUGGGAAGGAUUUCGUUACGGAUUAA